GCCUGCUACCCGUCAGCUACUGGCAGAUUCUCGUUUCCUCUGGUCUGCGUUGCGCUCUUCCCACUACCCCAAAUUCCCGGCUUCGGUGUUCGUUACUCCUAUUCGGCUUCUCGUUUGUGUGCUCCCAAGCACCCCCUUUAUCGAACCAGUCCAGCCGAACCACUGCAUCCGUGGCACUGCUGGCCUGCUCCCUGCUCGGUUUCCCCAGCCCAGACUUUCCGCCUGAACUCACGUCCCGCUAGGCUUCCUAAAAGAUUCUCACCCAGAAGCUGUGUUCAAUCCGCGCCGCUACCCGCCGUUGCCCCUGGCUGACUCCCCUUGCCUCUCCCUGUCGCCCCUUACCGCUCCCCCCUUUGUUCGGCUGCUCCCGCUCUUCCUCUUAUAGCAGCAGCGCUUUCGUCAUUGAACAGCCCCCGCCGCUGCCUUCGUCGCCUGCCUGCUUGCCUUGAUCCUGCCUACGCGCUUUGCGGCGCUCCCUGCUCCUUUGCUGUACAGCAGCAGCACUCUGUCUGUGCAAUCCAGAGCCUGCCUGGCUAGCUGGGUGCUCACAAAACUCUCGAUGCCCUCAGUGGUGCGGCCAGCUGCUGCUGCUACUGCCGCCACCACUAUUCUUCCUGACUGGCUCCCUUGGCUCGGCCGCCAUCUUGUUUUCUACCCCGCGGCUUCUGCUGCUGCUGCUGUUGGAGCAGCACAUCCACUGGGUUGGCUAGGACCGUCGAGCGGCGGUAUGUGCAAAACGGCAGAGGAACCAAAUCGAGGAGUGGUACGAUUGUCAACGGCACAGCACCGAUCCCAGUAAAAGCCGCAUACGUACACAGACUGAUAAACACGCACGCAUCAUGCAGUGGCAGCGUGCUAGGUAUUGUGAGACGAGAAAAGAUCGCCACUCCACGAUAUAAAACGCUUCGUAGAACUACCCCACUGUCAUCUUGCUGCCACCGUCGUCGUCAGCAUCGGAAAACCUUAGCCGGAAAAAUCGUUUCGUCUAUGUCUGAGAAGCUUUCGACGAGUGAAAGCCCAAACGAAGACGCGUUUUACCUUACGUCAAGUUGACGAGUGUUUUUUUAAUUUAAGGUGCAAGCCUUAGGUCUCCCUCUUUGUCCGACCCUGUGUGCCGACCCUGUUCGCUGAGGGAUUUUAGACUUUUUCGAAUAAACCCUUGAUCUAUCGUACUGUCGUGGUGUAUCACUCUCGUUCGUAUCGAUUGUAUGGUGCGCAGAUACUGUGUACAAAUGAGUCCCGUGCUCCGUAUGCUUUCAUGUCUAUCGCCGGUGGAUAUAGAGAUAAGCACACUCGUGCCGAAUGAAAGGUACCGUGACAUUAUUAUUUUCGUUAAUUCGUAGUCGACGUUUAGCGACAUCCGUUGGUCUGAAAAAGGGUGAACCGCUGCUGAAGCGAGACAUCACGGCACUGCCGCCGCUGUUAGUAGACAACCAACCGUGUACGUCCAUAUCGACGUUUGUUUCUCGUUUGACAGCAGCGGUGAGCAACUUAUAUCAAACAGACCAGUCUCAAUUAAUAUGCUGCUAAUGACUGGAAAGUAAUGAGCGUGUAAACAUAUAGAGUGGGCAGAGUCUACUCGAGUCGAGACGGUGAUUUAUUGGGAACGAGGAACGGAAAAGGAGCAAUGAGAGCAGGCAACGAAACGCUCCGUUAUGUUCAUAGGGUUCCUGCUGUAGGGGGACUGCCCACUUCGCUAACAAGUGCUACAACGAAGCUUGCACAAAAUGUCCUCUGCUUGGAGGACUACCUGAUAGCUACGGCCACAAAGACAACAGCUAAUAAUUUUUUAAGAAAGCAAGCCUAUAGAAAGCCCGGUUCUUUGUGCUCGUAGAGGCAGCAUUCUUGACACAGUGUCGAAUGGCGCAGGUUUCUUCCGCAUCUUCAUCAUUGGUGUUGACUAGUUCUUGUCGUUAGUGGAUAGUGCGUUACGUGAACUGAUUACAGGUGCGCCGUAUAUUGCCGUGUUUGAUUGACACUGUGCCCCUUGAAUCUAGUUAGUUAUGCCAUGGCCCGCUGAGGACAGGCGAGUACAAAUCGUGGAGUAUAUAAGGCUUCAAGACUAAAAUAGGCAAUAAGUUUAAGCAAAUCGUGGGUGUUGGUAGAUGCAGGACACUCGGUAGUGGUGUGCCGUUGAUCUUCUGUGAAAUUCAUCAUCUAUAGGAAAGCCUGCAGAGAAUCCUGAUAACGAAUCACGGGUGCGGUGUAGACCCGCACGACUCAUGGACGUCAAGCAUGUGGGGUGAAAGCCCGUUGUGAUGCUAAUAUAGACGGCGCAGAGGCGCUCAUAGCGCCGAUAAGCCGGGCCGAUAUCAAAAAUCAACAUGCCCCCACCAGGAUCGCCCCAGGUGGGCAACUGGGUGUCAGGCCUCGAAUCGUCUACGCCCUCCAGCCCUAUCGGCGGAGGUCUGGGUCGUCGAGGAGGCCCACGAGGACGUUUAGAUGACUCUGAAGAGUCGCUAAGCUCUGGCGGUGGACGAGACAGCGGCGCUUGUCCCUCGAACGGUUGCGGGAACUGGCUCCUGCUUGUAACGACGACGGCGCUCCUCGCUCUGACCGUUUUGCUUGUCGCCAGUUUUCUUCAGCUCAUCAUGGCAUCUGGCCAUCCUCAUAAUAAUUACAUCAAUAACGGCGGUUUGAUUCCCAUCCCGCAGAUCAGUAUUGAGACGAUCGUGCAAAAGGUGGCCGGCUGGUUCGGCAGGACCGCGGACGACCCUGACAGACCCUUCCACCAGCAUCCGAUGGAUGGUAAUAACAUCCCCGAUGAUUCCAACGAGGACAGUCGAAGAUACCUUCAGGACCGUAGGCUUUUGACAAAUCCAUCGAUACCACCUCCGCCCAAUCCAGAUGGUACGAAUGGACAGGACGACAACGGGGAUGACGAUCCCCCAGAAGGAUCCGACGAGGAACCCCCUGAUCCGGAAGAUGAUGGCGAUGAUUCGGACGAUCAAAAAAAAAAUAAUAAUAACGGGUCGAACGAGGCCGACGGUGACGACGCCGACGAUGAUGGAGGUGGGGGUCGACAUGGGGGAGACCGCUCCCACAUCGGGGGAAAGUCGAAUUCGCGAGGGUCGCAUUUGCACAACCCACCGUUCGGCAUCGGCGGAGGGAUUACCACGUUCCGACCGCGUCACGGCUUCAAUAGCCAUAAUGAUAAUGGCCACGACCAUCAGGAACAUGGGGGCGGUCAAAACAACCCUUGGCGACCGCGCACAACCAAGCCGAGUCCAAUCGACGAGAUCCGCAAGAUUAACAAUGAGGACGGAUGGAAAGCUCCGGGCCGGCCAUAUCCUCCGGUGAGGCCCUAUCCGCCACAUAGUGGACGAGAGUUCCACGAGACAACUAGCUCGUCGACGAGCACAACCCGGACGCCUUAUACGACCGCUGGUUAUAACGGCCUGCGCAAUCAGAGCGCCCCCAACACAUCAACUAUGCGCGAACUUUGGUGUCAUGUGUACGCAAACGCAGGUCUGCGUGACGAUCAGCUGCGAACGCUGUCCGAACACUGUAGCUAUCUGCUGGUCGAUGGCGAAGUUCACCUGCAGGGCACUGGUCUCAUGCCGAAAGUGAUGUCUGACGCACAGAUCCUUAACCGCAUUCGUGGGGCAAUGCCCUCAUCGGUCAAGAUUCUCCUUGCGACGAAGGACUUCGACUCAGGCUUCGACAAACUGCUCGAGGUGGAUGACGCGGAGCCGGGGGUCGGCAUCGGCGCUGGUGUCGCUGUGAGUGCAGGCAUCGACGAUGACGCUUUGCGGUCACGGGCCGGCGUCUCUGGGGGUAGCCUAUCGCCGGGAGGCGGUUUGGCCUCGGGGGCAAUUUCACCAAAGCGCGUACAAGCGUUUGAUGCAGUGAUUGGGCUACUCAAGCGCUACCAGGUGCAAGGAUUGGCGCUGCGAGAACUUGAAAAUGCCAAACAUUACAAUCUCAAUCAAGCCGACAAGGGCGAACGGGCUCAGCUUCGUGCGAGGUGGGCCGCCCUUUACGUACAGCUAGCCGAGUAUCUGGCCGAGAAAGGCUUUGAACAUGCAUUCCUCGUAAAACCUUCACUCGAACGUUACCGUGAAUAUUCUCUACGAAACAUUGUCAACGAAGGCCUAGGUCCUGUAUUGCUGACGAGUGGAGCUUUGCGGGCUGCUACAAGCACGUUGUGCGUCUCGCCCUUUAAGUGGAUGCGGGAUAAGAGGGUGAUCACACAAACGAAGGUGCUCAAAGAAGCCAAAGACUAUUUCGGCAAAACGUGGAAACGAAAUCUCGUUUUCGCAGUUGCGCCUUUCGUCACGAACUGUCACGUCUACAAUAAAACAGCCGUUUACAACUGUACACGAAGCUACUACAGCGAAUUCUGCAAGCAUGCCUCGCGUGGCAUGCUUAUCGAAGGCACAAUGCGAUAUGGAGCUGAGAGCGAUUGUUUCAGUGCCCAAACACGCCAAGAUGAUGGGCAGGUCAUUCUGUGGACAGGAAUGGGCCCGAUGUCAGGCCAGUUCAUCCGCGGCCUGGGUCAGUCUCGUGGCCUUAUGAUGUACAACGCCUUCGCCGAUGACAAGGAAGGCCACUGCGGGUUCGGCGAGUUCCCCCUAUUGAAGGCAGUGCAUGAUGCCCUUCAAGGCAAACACGACUCAGCAGUUACAUCGGGUUCUCGAGCAGGGCACAAUUAACAUAGGACCAAGAACGUAACACGUCAAGAACAAUGAGCGAACAAACAUAGCCCCGUUGACACAACACCGUGUUCAAAUAACCUCGAACAUUAAACGUGGCAGGCCGAUCAACAACCUUUGAAAUAAGAGAUACCAUCAUAUAACAUGUGACAUAAGGUGGCCACACGUACAUGCGUUCAACUUCGACGCAUAGAGGAAGAAUUAGAAAAGCAAUUAACGCCAACAUAUGAGCUAACGUGAUGGCUAGCCAAUAACGUUUAGCUUAUAAUCUCAAAGAUCAGAUGAAAACGAAACGAAAAUGUACACAAACAUUGAAUAGAAUAGCAGAAGACAUGACUCGAGGCAAGAUCGUCUUUCUACACUCAGGCGCGCAUCUAUCCGAAAUCCGGUGUUCCCCUUUUAAGCUGAUCUGGCGCAACAUCCAUCGGUAAGGUAACGAAGUAUGUAUGCCUAGGAAUAUAUAUUACUUGUUCAUGCAGAGAGUUUCCGCUGAAUGGCAGGUCCCAGGUUUGCAAAGGAACUAAUGGAGUUAAAAGGUGAGAUGAUCGGCGCUACUGGAAGCGCUAAAUGCACUGAUGAAUGGACUAUUAUUGCAAAAAGUAAAUCUAUGAAGAGAGAUUGCGUCUUACGUAAUUUUAGGGCAAAAGACUAGUCGAAGAAAAGGUAAAUAAACGAAAGAAAACGUGAAACAGAUAAAAGAAAAAAAACAUCCGUGAAGAAAAGUCAAAGGAACGCGUAAAUUUUAAAUAAAUCUAAUUAAAUAAGACGUAGGCGACGGCCUAACGGCCGGUGAAAUCGGCCCAAUGUUACCAACAAUACAGAUGUAACGGAGUAACGAUAAGAGUUCAAUACACAAAAGGAGAAGCACAUGUUGUUCUAAUGCAGAGGGGCUACUAUUCCCCCCCCCGACGCAGUGAACAUGCUCAACUGGCUGACUAAACUUAGGUAUCAAUGAUUUGUACAUAUUAAAACGAUGGGCAGAUAACACCAAACGGUACUGGUAAUUAUGAUGAAGCAAAUGAUAGAAGAGAGAGAACACUUAUGCUAAGUAGCUCUAGGUCGGACCCGAUGUGCAAUAUAAAAAAAAUUUCAGCAGACAGAGCAACAGCUUUAGGCACCUGCUUCCAAUUUGGGGAGUGUCGUCGCCCAUCCGAAAUUUCGCGCAUUUUGGUGAUAUCAUGAAACAGAAGUCAUGGUAUAUCUAUUGUCCUCUUGGACUGAUCCCUGUUGCCCCAAUGACAUAGCUGGCAAUUCCCUCAACUUGUAAAUAGUGCACAGCAAAAAAAAGGGAUUUUGGUGUGAGGGAAAAAACGGCCUUGUUGGGCGACAUGGCUAAGAACAGAGGGCCAUUAGGGCCGUUUUUCUGGCUAGGUGAAAAUAAAAACUACGUAUUGCAAAACAUGAAACGACUAAACAAAAUCAUGUAACUGCAGGGGGCAGCGGCACCCCUAUAGUUAUUUAGGCCUCUUCUCCACACAUCUAUAAAACUUCCUGAUAGCCGAAAGUCCCGCCUUGCUUUGAUUUUUAAGCGGAAAUAUCUGCGGCAUAUUUCGUUCUCAGCUUACCGCAGUCAAACAAUGAUCGAUUAUCGCAUUAUUAUUAUUAAGUAGGAAAUUUAUGGUAAUAUCUUCCGGUGACUUCGUACAGAUGAGCAUCAUAAUAGUAAUACCAUGGACGGUAAUGAAGACUUCAAGAUCAUGAUUUCGUGUGACCAUAUUGCAGCGCAUUUAGCUGUUGAAGAAAGAAACAGCGAGGGCAUUACGUGUAAGCAAAAGACAGAUGGUAACGGUGAAUGCCAUGUGUCUAUCAACAGUCAUCAAAUAGUUAUGGUCAUCUCUAUAUACCAAGUCAUGAUUAGGAGCGGUCUUUAGUGGACAGAACGAUUCGUUGAUCAAAUCAUCCGAGUACUAGUAUCAUUUUUGUUGUCUGAGGCCAAUGUGUGGUUCCGCUGUGAAGAUCUUCUUUUUGGCCAGCUGACAAUUAACGUUCGACCGGUUAUAUCUAAGCGGUAACCUGUAACAUAAAAUUUGGUCAUUUGUAAACUUCAGAUAAAUCAGCUUGGUAUAAGAAAUUAUCACUGUUGUUAGAGGUGGCUCGUCCUACAAGAGCGCAUAGAUUUCAUCAAGUGUCUCAUAUCGGCUGUCACGUUAGGCAUCACAAUCAAGAGGACUUGAAAUUCAAGUAUGACGGAGUUAGAACAGCAGUAGUUAACCUCGAGGAAGCAAAAUGAAGGCGAUUCUGACGAAAAAUAUGAGAUAUUACGUGCGAAUGAAGACUUUGGGCGAAAGAUUGAAAGAUUUAAGAAAAAAGUGAUUUCAUCAUUGGUAGCUGAAGUAUAGUCAGAUCCAAGCGAAACGACGAUUUUCAUCUGAAUAACUGCACAAGGCUGUGUGCUAAGACUGAUCAUCUGUCUGACAGAUGCACAGAUCGAAUGGUUACAUUUGUCACGAAAAUCUUCUUUUUGUACUAAUUUUAUAGCUUUUGAAUUGAUUGCAUGUAACAUGGCCGAAACAUAUAUUUAUUACAGUCUUCGACCUAAGAGUCGCGUAAUAACUUUUUUCUAUAAAAAUCUUCUAGUUUAGCGAAAAAGUAUGUGAUGCCAAUCGCUUUGACUGAUUGAUUGAUUGACUGACUGACUGAGUGCUAGGUAUCGCUUGACCAAUAUAUUAAGCGGACCUUUGCUGUAAAAAAUUCUAUGAAUAGUUGUUUUUAAAUUUGAAUUCCCAAAACCCCACUCCCUCAUCACACGAUUGGUAAGGUAUUGGGUUGCUUUUAUUAUAUCUGGCCUAUGUGGCUGGAUAUAAUACGCCGGUGAUGUGAGUUAGCUGAUUGGCUAGUUUAAGCGUUCGCACUAGUCAGCAGAAGCACCCACGAUAAUUUAAAUGUACCGUAGCGGCAGAGAAGAAAAACUGAUAUCACGCUAUGGACGCCAUUGUAAUCAUACCGUCUUGUCCAUUCGUCAUUACCUCAUAACGUCUGAAUUAUGCUGAACCAGUGCUUGCGAGUUUUUGUGAAGAUGAUGUACUCGCUGGUGAUGAACCAUUGACGAAAAGUACAGAAUUCACAGGCCUUCUCUUUCUAAUCAGAAUAAUUGAUACAAAGAAUGACUUAGAAAGGCACGAGAGGUGGUCAAAGAAAUGAAUGCCCCCGUUUGAAAUUGUCUAAUUCAUUAUUUAACGAAUGCAUGUAAAACAUUGAAUCGUGAAUCACUUGCCCACUCCCAGAAACCUACUGUUUCCUACGAGCUAAUCUAGCCUUAAUCUGAAUAGUGAUUACCGACCGGCAGAUAUUAAUUCAUCCGUGUAAUCGGUAGACUGCCAAUCGUUCUGUGGAAUAUCUCCCCUCUGAUUAACGAAUGAAUCAUUCGAACCCCUGCGUUCUUGCAGAACGCAAAGUCUGCCCCCUUUCCUGGACGGCCUUAAGUUACUAAAAACGAAAGAAAAAUUGAAUUUUUACUAUUCCUAUUCAUUAUUAUUAUUAUUAUUACUGCGCGUGGUGAACUAGAAACAAUUAGAAGUUGUACACACAAAGGAACACCAUUUCAUCGUCGACUCAUCAACUUUCGGCUAGGUAACACAGGGACAAUACAGAACAGGGAAUUAUAACAAAAAUACUGGCAAUUAUUGGAGUCAAGAGAAGGAAUUAUACAAGAACCAAUCGAAAGCUAAGCACACCGCUAUAUUGAAAAAACCUUCGGGAACAACAAAAGGUAGUAGGUGUAUGUAAACAAAUAUAUAUAAGAGACUGAAAGCUUACUAAUGCGAGCGAAAGAAAUAAACAAACAUUAGUCAUUCAUAUAAAAUGUUAAUAAUAUUAAACACAGAAGAACUAACAAUAUUAUGAAUAGUAAUGAUGAUAACGUACGAAAAUAUCCAAGAUCGAUCGUCCUGAUUCCUUAGUAACAAUGCUAUUAAAACCACUGACGACCAUGGCAUUGACUAACUGAUAAUAACAGACUGAUCAAAAGGGAAAGAUACGCAGACGCCGUGCUGGUACAGUGUGAUGAUGGUAUCUGGAGAUAGAAAGGAACAAGGACGUUGUUGGCUGCAAACGAAUGAUGACUAUUAGAGGGUUCGACGGUGAGCCGCUGUGACGAGCGGCUGUCUGUCAUCGGCUCGCCGUCUUGAAAUGUCAACAAAAGAUGACUUUUUAGCGGAAGGCAUGAAAUUGACAUGAAACACAACGUCAACAAUGGCAACAAAAA